AUUAAGGAAAGCCUGUAUCCUGCAUCUUUCCGUGAGUGGCAUCUGUCAGUCAUGCAGCCACCACCCCAGGCCGUCCCACCCGGCGUGGUGGGGCCACCUCCAGCCGGGACCCCUCAGAGCACACACUGGUCUAGCAGCCCGUAUAGGAGACAGGCGAUAGCUAGUGCACCAGUGGCUCCAGGAGCUCGCCCAUUGCAGCCGGUGACGGACCCAUUCGCUUUUAGUAGACAGGCGCUCCAGAGCACAUCGUUGGGCAGUUUGUCCAAAAGCAGCCCACCUGUUUUGCCGGGCCCGGCCUUGCCAGCGUUUCUUCAGCGCUCUGGUCUGCCUGUGCCUCACACAGAUGCUGGGGGUGGCUCCCAGGGACCUCACGAGCCUCUGCCGGGAUCUGUGUCGCAGCCCAGGGCAGAUGCGGGCUCAUUUUCCAGUGUGUUGACCUCUUCAGCACCGCCUGGGCCCGAGAUGAACAGGAGUGCCGAGGUCUCGUCCAGCUCCGAAUGGGAAGCUCAGACUCAGUACAUUCCAGGAGCGGGUCCUGACAGUUCUCAUGGGGGCCAUCCACAUGGGAACCUGCCUGGGCCCGACAGGCCCCCAAGUGGGCAGAACCCGCACGACAGUGCUGUGGCACCAGCAACGUCCCAUUUCUUCCCUCAGCCUCAUCAGCAAAUGUCAGGGCGGUGGGGGCCAGUGCAAGGAGCCCCACAGCCCCCAGCUCAGCAUUACUGGCCCUGUCCAGAAGGACCUGUUCAGAAUGCGGUGUCCCAGGCCUCCAGCGUUUCCCACCUCCUCGCUCCGUCCACCCCACAUCAAGGUCCUGGCCACGAGCCACACAGCCCACUGGUGUCUUUACCAGGACCCAUGGUUGGUGACGGAAGAGAUGAAGCAGCCUACCUGCAAAGUGGAAACCACUCAGCAAGUAACUUUGAUCUUGAAAAUGCAUUCAGGCAGAAUUUCCGAGUUGGGAACACUCGGGCUGGCCAGGACUUCCGGCCGAAUCCAGGAGUGAAUAAAGAGCAGUUGCCAGACUCUGCUUCUGUUAACCCCCUCGCUCAGGGAAAUAGCCCCGAAAGUCAUUUGCACUAUGCCGUGGGGGCCGGGACCAGCCGGGCCCCGCCAGACGCCGACUCAGGUGCGCUCUCCAUGUUUUUCCAAGGGGGAGAGACAGAAAAUGAGGAGAACCUCUCAUCUGAGAAAACGGGCUCUGCUGGUCAGUCUGCCUUGGACGGGUUCUCCCCCAGCCCUGGACUUGGCCAUCCCCCUGCAUACGUGGGGGCAGGCGGCAUGUACCAGGCCUGUCCCAGCGCCUCCAACUGUGAGACCACGCCGCAGGGAGGAGACACGCACCCAUUCUUCCCUCGGUCUUCAGGCGUCCAACAUGAUAAGCCAACCACUGAAAACGCUGCUGUUGAUGUGUGGGCUGACACGGCAGGUGCGGGGACUCGGGACGCUGGUGGCUCACACUGUGAGAAUGCCGAGAACUCAGAAUUCACUCAGAAUCAAGAGGUUCUGCCACGUGAACCCCCCAGUUUGGACCCUUCCUCCCCAGGCGAUCAGCUCAGAUACGGGCCCGUUCCCGGAGCAGCCGUCCCCAGGCGCAGUAUCAUGGGCCACGCUGGAGGUGGGGGCCCAAAUCUCGAGGCCCUGGACCCUCAGCUUUAUUCCGUGUGCCCCGACGGCUUGUCGUCCAGUUACAGUAGCAAGAGCCACAGGAGUCGUCCAGGUGCGGCCAGGCCCCAGGACCUGGGCACCUUCAUUCAGCAGGAAGUUGGGAAACCUGAGGACGAGGCUUCAGGGAUUUUUUUUAAGCAAAUCGAUUCUUCUCCUGUGGGGGGCGAGACAGACGACACUGCCGUGAGCCAGAAGUACCACAGCAGCCUGCCCCAGCCCUCAACCCCAAGUCCCCCAAAACCUACAGGGAUCUUUCAGACAAGUGCAAAUAGUUCUUUUGAACCCGUGAAAUCCCACGUAGUUGGAGUGAAACCAGUCGAGGCCGAUCGUGCUAAUGUGGUGGGCGAGGUGCGGGGGACCCACGCCCAGCGGAGGAAGCGCAGACCGGCCGCUGUGCCGCCCGACGCCUGCCCUGGCAAUCUGGAGCAGCCACCGGACAACAUGGAGACGCUCCUCCCCGCCCAGGCCUGUCCUCUGCCUCUUGCUACACCUACGGACGCUGGUCAGGGGCUGGGGCCGCCCUCGGAAUCCGUGCUUCUGACACCUGAGAAGAGACCGUCGACCAGGGCUCAGGGAGCCGUCAAGUGUGAGAGCCCGGCAACGACGCUCUGGGCCCAGAACGAGCUGCCAGACUUCGGAGGCAACGUCCUCCUAGCCCCGGCUGCUCCUGUGCUGCAUGUGCCUGCGAAACCUCAGCCGUCAGAAGUGAUUCAGCCCCCAGAUGAGGGGGUGUCCGGUCAGUUGUCCCCGCAGCCUGGCUGCCUGCCCCCUCUGCAGAGCGGCGACGGCGUUGGUGCUUCUGAGAAUCUCGAGAACCCUCCCAAAAUGGGAGAGGAAGACACCCUUCUGUCGCAGGCGAGUUCUGGUUCUGGUUAUGCCAGUCUGUUGUCCUCACCGCCCACUGAAUCUUUGCGAAAUCAGCUGGUCUUGAUUGCCCAGCCUGAUCAGAGCUGUCACCUGGCUCAGCCCAUUCAUUUUUCUGUGUCCUUGUCAAACCCCAAUGAGAAGAGUCGGUCCUGGAGAGACGCUCGGGUGGGAGACAAAGCCACCACGAGCAGCCGGGCCGUGGGGGGUGAUGGUGGAGAAGCCGCUCCUCUGUCUGGGGUUCCAGCCAGCUCCCUCACGUGCUUGCUUCUGCCUAACAGUCUUGCCCAGAGUAAUUUUCCACAAGUUUCUGCUAUCCCUGAAGUGGUUUCCGCCCAACCUGCUAAUUUGCUGGUUCAGCCACCAUCUCAUCCAGUUCCAAAGAGCUUGCUUCCCGAAGGUCAAAAGGUUCAUAAUGCAGAGGACGUUCUUCCAGAGUUGGUGAAUAGCCGUGCUGGGGGCACAGACGGCAUGUUGGUGCCGUCCGCAAACAGCACCUCGGGACCGCCCAGUAAUAAGGCAGAUCACCCCAGUAAUCGGGAGGAGACUCCAGGAGCCCUAGACUUGACACCACAUAGGACUUUGGAUGAUCCCGUGACGAAAGAUGCUCAGGACCAACAUGGCCUAGAGAGAGUCCCGCAGGAGCCAGCACCACCGCCUCCACAAGGCCCCAAAGCAGAACCAUCUAACCCAGGAAGUCCACCGGCGCAAGGACAGCCCCCAGGCUCAACCCAGCCACCCUCAGGCCCGGCUCCAGCUGACCCAAGUCAGCAGCUGCCGCCUCGGCCGCCGCAGUCCUCCAGCAGCUCGGGCCCGGCGGCUGUGCAGGCGGACCAGCAGUGGCAGCAGCCGCCCCCUGACCUGGCGUCCUAUUACUUUCACAGACCCCUGUACGACGGCUACCAGUCCCAGUACCCCUCACCGUACCCGCCGGACCCUGGCACAGCCCCCCUCUAUUACCAGGACAUGUAUGGCCUGUACGACCCCCGAUACAGGCCCUACGACAAUACCGCAUCCGCCUAUGCCGAGAACUACCGCUACCCCGAGCCUGAGCGGCCCAGCUCCCGGGCAAGUCACUGCUCAGACCGGCCAGCUGCCCGGCAGGGGUACCCUGAGGGUUAUCCCCAAUCCAGAGGUGGAUGGAGCAGCCAAAGUGAUUACUAUGCCAGCUACUACUCCGGCCAGUACGAGUAUGCAGAUCUGAGUCAGUGGGAUCGGUACCCCUAUGGUUCUAGACUCAGGGAUUCCCGCCACUAUGACCACAGGUACUGGUAUGAUGCGGACUAUGACCAGUACAGGAAAGAAAACUACACCUAUGCUGACAGGCCUGAGAAGUACUGGAGGUACGACCCUCGCUUCACGGGGAGCUUCGAGGAUGACCUGGAGCUCCACAGGGACCCUUUCAGGGACGAUGGGGACAGGCGCAGCGAGCACAGCGAUCACUCGGCCCGGAGCCUGGGCGCCCCCAGCCGCCGCAGCAGUUUCAGCACCCACUCGCAGCAGAGUCAGGUUUACAGAAGUCGCAGUGGCACCGCCGGCCCCUACGAGGCCCCGCCUCCGCCAGGCUCCUUCCAUGGGGAUUAUGCCUAUGACACCUACAGCGCCCAGGGCUUCCCAGAGUACAGCUACCCUGCCGACGCCGGCUGGCCCGCUGUGGAGCAAGCCCCAUCGAGACCCACGUCUCCUGAGAAAUUCUCCGUGCCUCACAUCUGUGCCAGGUUUGGUCCCGGGGGCCAGCUCAUCAAGGUGAUCCCCAAUCUGCCUUCAGAAGGACAGCCCGCCCUGGUGGAAGUCCACAGCAUGGAGACGCUGCUGCAGCACAUGCCGGAGCAGGAGGAGAUGCGAGCGUUCCCGGGGCCUCUCGGCAAAGACGACACCCAUAAAGUGGAUGUUAUUAAUUUUGCACAGAGCAAAGCCACAAAGUGUUUGCAGAAUGAAAACUUACUUGACAAAGAGUCUGCAAGUCUUCUUUGGAACUUUAUCGUUCUGUUGUGCAGACAGAAUGGGACCGUGGUGGGGACAGACAUCGCAGAACUGCUGUUACGGGACCACCGGACAGUGUGGCUUCCUGGGAAGUCACCCGAUGAGGCCAACCUGAUUGAUUUCACUAAUGAGGCCAUGGAACAGGCAGAGGAGGAGUCCGGGGAGGCCCAGCUCUCGUUUCUCACAGACAGUCAGGCUGCCGCCACCAGCACCCUGGAGAAAGACACCGAGAGGUUCAGAGAGCUGCUGCUCUAUGGACGUAAGAAGGAUGCUUUGGAGUCUGCGAUGAAAAACGGCUUGUGGGGUCAUGCUCUGCUACUUGCAAGUAAGAUGGACAGCCGGACGCAUGCCAGAGUCAUGACCAGGUUCGCCAACAGCCUUCCAAUCAACGAUCCCUUGCAGACUGUCUACCAGCUGAUGUCCGGGCGGAUGCCCGCUGCAUCCACAUGUUGCGGAGAUGAGAAGUGGGGGGACUGGAGGCCGCACCUUGCCAUGGUCCUGUCCAACCUGAACAGCAGCGUGGACGUGGAGGCCAGGGCAAUGGCCACGAUGGGCGACACUCUCGCUUCGAAAGGUCUCCUAGAUGCGGCACACUUUUGCUACCUCAUGGCCCAGGUUGGAUUUGGGGUGUAUACAAAGAAAACCACAAAGCUUGUCUUAAUUGGAUCGAACCACAGUUUGCCGUUUGUAAAGUUUGCGACCAAUGAAGCUAUUCAAAGGACAGAAGCCUAUGAGUACGCACAGUCCCUUGGGGCGCAGGCCGACCCCUUGCCCAACUUUCAGGUGUUUAAAUUCAUCUACUCCUGCCGCCUGGCUGAGAUGGGGCUUGCCACACAAGCCUUUCACUAUUGCGAAGUGAUUGCUAAAAGCAUCCUGCUUCAGCCCCAUGGGUACUCCCCCGUGCUGAUUAGCCAGCUGGUUCAGCUUGCGUCCCAGUUACGACUCUUCGAUCCUCAGCUGAAGGAGAAGCCGGAGGAGGAGUCCUUUGUGGAGCCGACCUGGCUGGCCCAGCUGCAGCGUGUGGACAAGCAGGUCCAGGAGGGUGCUGUGGUGUGGAGUCACGACGCGGCCUUCCCCCAGCGCUGUCCCAGCACGCCGAGCUCCGAGGUGGGACAGUGUGAUGGCCCGGGAGUCGCACAGCCCUUGGUCCUGGGCACUGACAACCCACUGCUGGCGCCACCUGUGCCCAGUGCUCAGGGCUCUGGCCUGGCCGUGCGGCUGCUGCCUUCAGUGCCGCCGACCAUGCCUGCCAGGGUGCCGAUGUUCGCAGUGCCGCCUCCCCUCGGCCCUGUGGAGCCAGGGCCUGGCUGUGGACCCCCAGGGUCUGCACUUGGCUUUGCAGAGCCAUCUGGGCCUGAUCCUGCAGCUCUGUACCCAGGGCCUGGCCUGCCACCUGGCGCGCCACCUCUCCAGGAGAGUGAACACCUGUUCCAGGAUAUGAGGAGCCAGGACCCAGGGAUGACGCCGCACGAGGCACACGGCAGAAACCCACUGGCCGGGCUGAGCGAAGAGGAUUUGGGUGGAAAAUUGGACAAACCGGUGGGCUCUGGGCCCCAGGUGAGCCUGCUCCUGCGUUGCUUUGCACAGGGCUCCUCCCGGAUGCCGCAGGACUCUGAAGCCCCUCCCGGCUGGGGGGGUGCCAGCCUGGGUGCCCUGCAGCCUCCGUCUCUGACACCCGCUUCUGAAGUGAAGAGCCCUGUACCAGCAACCAAAACAGAGGCCAAGGAGCCUAAGAAGGGUGGCGAGUCCUGGUUCUCUCGCUGGCUAACUGGGAAAAGGAAGACAGAAGCUUAUUUGCCAGAUGACAAGAACAAAUCGAUCGUGUGGGAUGAAAAGAAGAACCGCUGGGUGGAUGUGAACGAACCAGAGGAGGAGAAGAAGGCUGCACCCCCACCUCCAAUGUCCCUUCCCAAGGCUACGCAGGCUGCCGCCCCUGGGCCUGGAGGGCCCCCCAGAGCCUCUGUGAACAUGUUUUCUAGAAAAGCAGCAGGGACCAGAGUACAUUAUGUGGACAUCCUGAACCCGGGUGGGCCCCGGCGUGCAGAACCUGCUCUCGCCCCUGCGGAAUUCUUUGCCCCACUCGCCCCACUCCCGAUCCCGGCUCACUUGUGCGGACCAAACCCAGAUGCAGCAGAGGGAGCCCCGCUGGCAGAGGGGGCUGGCAGGGAAGGGCAGGCAACGGCGGGGGGCCCAGCCCAUGCAGAGCCUGCCUCAGAGCCCAAGGUUUUAGAUUCUGCAGCCUCGCUCCCGGGUUCUGAAGUGCACGGUUCCCAGGGAGGAGAGCUUUCGCGCUGUAGCUCAAUGAGUUCACUGUCACGUGAAGUGAGCCAGCACUUUAAUCAGGCUCCCGGCGCCCACCCCCCCGCAGGAGGCCCUCCCGGGGCAGCAGUGCCCUUGUACAGCCCGGCGCAGUUCACACAGCCUCUGCCACCUCAGGAAGUUCAAGGACGGGGAGGAUUGGCCAGAGGAAGUACCCAGCGUUGAGCUAGACUAGCCCGUCUGGAUUAGCAUUUGGAACCUGAAAUGACCCUCCACCAAGGACCACACUGACUGCCUGCGACCUCCCUUCUGCUCCCAGAUGGACAAGCAGAAUCUCAGGACGCCUUCCGUUCCCUCCUGUGUGUAGGACACAUUGCCAGAGUUACCCCAUAGCCCUGGUAAGGGCUGGAGGAAGAGGCACUUGGGCUCCGAAACGGUUCCAUAAAAGAACGCUGUCUAAGCAUCCUCGUCAUUUAAGAGUUACGCUGAGUGCAGCCGACCGGUCUGUGCUGCAGGGCAGACUUUCCUCUUCAGUAUCGAGGGCGUCUCUCGAAGCCCAGGGGCGAAUUCCUGCCACAUUCGUCCCACGGUCCCUGGGAGAUGCUGGAAGAAAAGCACGAAACUGCCUCAGGAAAGAAACACUGACACCUGCCGUGCAGCGCCGUGCACUCAUGCUUCUGAACCCAGAACAGUGGUUCAUGGGUGCGGCAGCGUGGCUCAGUGCCCUGACGGAGACGUGGAGUGGGUUAGCAGUCAUUCUCUUCGGUCUGGAGAGACGCCCUUGUUACUUCAGUGAAUUUCUCCGUGGCAGACGGUUCCGGCUGCACUGGAUUCCUCUGGCCUGAUGAGGACCACGAGGGGUUUCCUGCAGCCAGAGGGACUGGCUUUGUCCAUCAGGAGGGACAAAAGAGCCACCACCAUCGCAGAACUUGUGUUCCAAAUGUGACCGGUUUAGACUCACCAGCCAGUGUUGAAACUGACUCAUGAAUUUGGUUUGGAUUUUUAGUGCGCGAGUGGCCGGGUCGGACCCAGUGUCUGCAGCAGCGGGUUGCCACGCUCUGCGAACCAGUCCAAGCUGUCCUCCGGCGUGGCUUCAGAGCACAAGCCAGCCGACAUGCUUCCUGUCACCUGGGUGACAUCAUUUCAGGAGUUGGUAACAUCCUGAAGAAAGUGGCUUAAAAUAAUGUCUUGGGAGAAGCUCUGGAAGCUGGUGUUUCUGCUCCUGGCUUUUUUCCACACUGAACCUUCAGAAGCACGUGUUCGCUCCCAGCUGAACAGACCUGCAAAGGAAGCCCUCCUCUUACUGCACUCAGAGCUUUAAGGGUUCAUUGACUGUUCUUAAAACUGUUCCCACUCUUAAGUCUAAAGAGACUGAAAGGACUUAAAUAUUUAUAAAACUCAUUAGGAAGUAAUCGCCGUAGGUUCUGCUGGGGAAACGUAGUUUGCUUGGUGUUUUCAAUCUCAAGUAGGAUUGUGUGGACGUGGAGUGUACACGGGUCCUUCCCGUUUUCCUGGUUACUUGAUCAUCUAGGAAAGACCCACAGAAUGUUUUCCAAAAUGUUUCACAGACUCAUAUGCCCGGACCCCAUUGUUUCUGUCACUUUGGGAAAGGGCAGGCCUUGUUGGGGCAUCUCUUGUGUCCCCAGGUCAGUGCCCCUGUGCUUCCUGCCCCCCAAGCCCCACUGGGCGUCCUCUGCUUCCUCCAGCCCAUUGUUCUCUGUGUCAGCGACUUUUGAUUCAAGAAGCUUCCUCCAGGCAGGAGCUGCUAUUUUUCCUAAAUGCAAAUUGUUAAAUAAAAUAUUUUGCGCCCUUGAGCGCCCUCACC